CAGAGUCACUGUUUACUGGUGGAGCUCUUCUCUGGUAGCGUGGAGUAGAAACCAGAGACGGAGAGAGGAGGUCGCUGUAGUAGCUGUUAAAAAAGUUACAGAAACUCGCAGGUGAUCCCGAUCAACGCGUGUCGUUUACAUGGUGACCGACUACAGACUCAGAGGUAACUACUUGUUGGUAUGAAACUGUCGAACCGGGAGAGAAAUAGCAACAUUUAGCUCGGGCUCGCUGACUUCUGCAUGGUCGCUAGCCUUAGCUAACAGUUAGCUUCAGAAGCUACUUGGCUAGCUGGCUAGCGAGGUCCAGCCCAAAAAAGUUGUUUACCUCAAGUUGUGGAUGUGGUCACCCCCUGAGCUUUUCACGACUUUUCUCUGGGAUAAGAGAGCAAGGACCAAAAAUUCACACUGGAUUUAACACUGUGCGCUGUUAGGAAACUAGCAGGAUGUCCACCGAGGUUGAGAGCAGUCAGUUUGACUCCGGUUUGACAGCAGCCAAGGAGGAGAACAACCAAAACAAGUCCGAGAAACCGAUCAGAGAGCAAGAAGAACCGGGGCAGAAAGGCUCGGAGAAGCAGCUGGCAGAUGGCCACAGCUCGGAGGCAGCGGACACGCACAAGAAAUGCAAAGAAAACGAUAAAGAAAACGACCAAAGCAGCAACGCUGACUCGGCUGUGGAGACGGUGAAGAGGAAAGUUGUGGAAGCUCCGCCGCCGAAAGUCAACCCGUGGACGAAGAGGACUACGGGCAGAGUGCCGAGCAACAGCAUCAGCUCCCAGGAGAAAGAUCAACAAAAUGCUCUGAAAGUCGUCCGUGCCAGCAAGCCCAGAACGAGAAAAUCCAGCAAGUCGAGUGACUUCAGUGACAUCACAAACUGGCCCACACCUGGUGAACUGGCCAAAGAGCAACAACAAAAUGUCCUCAACAACAACGGAAAGAAGCCUCCUUCCUCACGCAGGGAGAAGGAGAAGAGGAGGGAGAGACCGGACAGGAAGUCGGAGAGCAGCCACGACGGCGGCGAGAGCAAAGAGAACCAGGAGGCUCAGCUGGACCCGCUGGGAGAGCUGCCCAAAGACGGAGAGUCCAAGCCGGGACAGGACGCCAAGAGCGCCGGCCUGAAGAAGAGAGGAGGUGAGGGUAACAAACGUAAGUGGGUUUCUCUGCCGCUGGAGGAAGUGUCCCGGGAGGACGGCGCCAAGACGCCCGGCGGGGGCCCGACGCGCUCGGAAACAGAGCCCAACAGCGACUCGCCUGACCCCACGUCGCCCAAUCACACGCUCCAUAAUAACAGGGCGCAUGAUAGCAACAGGAGUUGGAGGAGAGAACAGCGGGACUUUUGGGACGAUUCCGGCAGCGUGAGGAGCGACGGCGGCAGCGUCCGUGGAGGAAUACGAGGCAGAGGGAAGGGUCGCGGUCGCGGGAGAGGUCGCGGACGAGGCCGUUAUGAGUUUUCUCAGAGCUACCGGGACUCUCAGUCGUCCGACGGCUCCAACGCCCCCACAGAGUUCGGCAACAACAUGGUUUACUACUACGACGACGGCAGCAAAGUCCAGAUGUACACAGUGGACGAAAAGCUUCUUAAGGAAUACAUCAAACGGCAAAUUGAAUACUACUUCAGCCUCCACAACCUGGAGCGGGACUUCUUCCUGAGGAGGAAGAUGGACGCGCAGGGCUUCCUCCCCAUCUCCCUCAUCGCCAGCUUCCACAGAGUCCAGGCCCUCACCACCGACAUCAGCCUCAUCAUCGAGGCCCUGAAGAGCAGCACGGAGGUGGAGCUGGUGGACGACAGGGUUCGCUGUAAAACCGACCCGGAGCGCUGGCCCAUCGCCGUCCCCACCGUCGUGGGUUCCCCUCGCACCGACUUCUCUCAGCUCAUCAACUGUCCCGAGUUCGUUCCUCGACAGACACUCAACUCUGCAAAGACCGCUUCAUCGCCCGCGAAGGAGACUCCUCCCGAGUCCGCGCAGCCUCAGGACUCGGCCGAGCCCGGCUCCUCCGGCAAGGAGUCGCUCCCCGCCGCGGACGCCUCCAAAGACGCCCCCGCCCCCGACGCCUGGAUCCAGGUGGAGAAACGCCACCGACAGCCCUCCGGCAAGGGAAAGCACGUCAGCGAUGACGUGUGUGUCGUCGACUCCUCUCCUCCCUCAGAGCCUCUUCCCGACCUCCUCCCCUCUGCAGAACGCAGCGAGGCGCCUCCUCCCGGCCGCCGCGCCCCUCAGCAGGCCGAACCCGACCAGGAAGAGCUGGACUUCAUGUUCGACGAGGAGAUGGAGCAGAUGGCGCCCAGGAAGAACAAGUUCACCGACUGGUCGGACGACGACGAUUCAGACUACGAGCUGGACGACCAAGACGUCAACAAGAUCCUCAUCGUCACCCAGACGCCUCCUUACAUCCGUAAACACCCCGGCGGCGACCGCACGGGCAACCACGAGUCCCGAGCUAAGAUCACCACCGACCUGGCCAAAGCCAUCAACGACGGGCUGUACUACUACGAACAGGACCUGUGGAAGGGAGAGGAGCAGCUGGAGUGCAGCAAGCAGGAAGUAGAGAACUUCAAGAAGCUGAACAUCAUCAGUAAAGAUGAAUUUGAGAAUCUCACCCCUAAAAUGCCCGUUGAACCAAACCAGGAAGUCCCACCUCCUCCCAUGCAAGCCGACAGCGGAGCAGAAUUGGCUCGCUCUCUUCCCACAACGGUCCCGGAGUCUCCCAGCGCUCACCAACCCCGAACCCCCAGAACGCCACGGACCCCCGGACGCCAAGACCCGAGCAAGACCCCCCGAUUCUACCCCGUCAUGAAGGAGAGCGGCCCCAUCGACGGACAGACGCCGAGGAAGAAGAAGACUCGCCACAGUUCGAACCCCCCGCAGGAGGCUCACAUCGGCUGGGUGAUGGACUCACGUGAACACCGACCGCGCUCCGCAUCCAUCAGCAGCUCCAACGCCUCCCCAUCAGAAGGAGCCCCGCUGACAGGAAGUUACGGCUGCACCCCUCAGUCGCUGCCCAAAUUCUGGCAUCCAUCCCACGAGCUGCUGAAGGACAACGGCUUCACCCAGCAGGGAUACCACAAGUACCGCCGACGGUGCCUUAACGAGAGGAAACGGUUGGGGAUCGGCCAGUCUCAGGAGAUGAACACUCUGUUCAGGUUCUGGUCUUUCUUCCUGAGGGACAACUUCAACAGGAAGAUGUAUGAGGAGUUCAAACAGUGUGCGGUGGAUGAUGCCAAAGAGAACUACAGGUACGGGCUGGAGUGUCUCUUCAGAUACUACAGCUACGGUUUGGAGAAGAGAUUCAGGUUAGAUCUGUUCAAGGACUUUCAAGAGGAGACCCUCAAGGACUUUGAAAAAGGUCAGCUGUACGGACUGGAGAAGUUCUGGGCCUUCUUGAAAUAUUCAAAGAUGAAGAACCAGCCCAUCGACCCGAAGCUGCAGGAGCAUCUCUCCAAGUUCAAGAACCUGGAGGACUUCAGGGUGGAGCCCCCGAUGGGAGAGGAGGGAGGCAGGAGGAGACGCCACUCAUCCUCGGCCGGGGAUGAAGGGAGGCGUCGGCGACAUCCUUCCAACACUACCUCAAAGCCCACACAGGCCUCCAAAUCCUCCAGCAACACCGCCGCCGCCGCCGCCUCGGCCGCCACCACCACCACCACCACAGCUCAGCCCGCCGCCUCCACCUCCACCACCUCCGCACAGAACACGGCCAAAGACAGCGCCCAGAAAACCACCACAGCUGCACCCGCCCAGGGGAAGAAGACGGAGUCCGGUGCGGGGAAGAAGGAAAGUGCUGCACCAAAUAAAUGAAGCUCCCUCCUCUGUGAGGGGGUUUGGAUAGUAGAGAUGUAGAGCGGCGGCGGCGGCAUCGCUCUUGAGCUCGGCGUUCGCUCUUUUCAGCGGCAAACUGUUUGGGUAUGAAGAGAGACUGAACGUGGUUGACUUAAUUUGAUUGUUAUCAGUGCAUUUCAUUUUAAAGCAAGCAUAGGCAGUGAGCUUGAAUCUGUGCGCCUGACAGCUCGUAACGUUUACAAAAACACACAAAAAAAAAAACACAAAAAAAAAAAUGCAUUCCCUGCAUUUUGCCUUUUUUAUCCUCUCAGAUGCCAAACUCACGUCAACACGCGCGUUGAUCUCCACAAUCUGUAAGCGGCUCUCAUCCGUAAAGAGCGUCGAACUGUGAUUCUUAGCUUGCCAAGAUAAAGAGAUCCUGCAAGACAGUCCGUGUGCCUUAAUCUGAUUCACCAGGACGACAGGAUCGGUGACAAAAAAUAGUCCCCAAAUUUUGUAUUUUUUCAAAGUCUUCCCAAUUGAUUUUUAAUUUGGGGUUUGAAUGUGUUUUUAAACUGACAUCACACGCAGGUUGGUUUUUUUCCGUUCUUGAGACACGAACAGCUCUUCUGUUUUUCAUCGUGACAAUCAGCUGCAGUCGUAAAAAAAAAUUUUGAAGGACUGACCUCGAGGCUGCUGCUAGAUGACAGAUGUGCCCUGAUGUUUUUCAAGUCAGACUUAAAAGUUAAGCUUGUUUUUUUUUUUUAAAUCCAAACCUGCAGAAAUAAUGAGGAAUUUAUCUGGGAAGCUUUACUUUUAAAGUCCCGUUUUACACCCAGAGAUAGUAUAAUUUAUUGUUUUAUUUUUGUUUUUAUUUUUCCAUUUACUUGAUUGAUGGAAUAGUCUUAGGUAAUCAUUGCAGUUUUUAAUGGCUUUUUUGCGAUUGAAUAUAUAUAUGAAAAAAAAAAAUGUUUCUGCUGGAAUUAUGGGUGUGAGCUAGCAACAUAAAACUACAGUAUAUUUUAGCUUGAAGUUUACUUCAUAUUAUGUUUGAGGCUUGGUGCUCUAGAGCACUUUAAUCGUUAACUUUCCUUCUUUCAUCAAUGGACUUAAGAGGUUUUAGAGUUGAAUUUUAAAGAAAAAAAAUGUAAAUACUAUAAAAAAUCAUUUGCUAUUCAAUUAUUCAUUUUAAUUUUGACUUUUAAGAAGUGAUUUGUUUUAUCGGUAGUGUGGUUUUGAGUGUGUUUUAGGAUAAAGCUGCAUGUUAAUGCCGGAGUCUUGAAAUGUAAAAUGCAAAAAAAUAUAAAAUAACAGUUGAUUGUA